AUGUCCACGCAAGUAGAACUGAAAGACGAAGGAGUACUCAAGGACGCAAUCAGCGAUGUCAGGAGCGACGCAUCCCCUACUAACUGGUAAAUUUCUCUAACUCGACAGUGACUUGAGUAACCUUAGUAGGCGUUGCGUGAAGUUUUACUCAGCUGUUCACAAGCUUCAGCUUCAACGUUCCACGUUCCUGUCCUCUCGUAUGCAUGAUUCGCCGAUAAUUUAAAUUUUUCAUUUAUAAUACCUUUUCCCCCUUAGAUUAUAACGGUAUUGCAUGAUGGCGAAUAAGUGUGCUUAUAUUUCCUUAGUCUGGGUUAGAGAUCACAUGAUUAAUCAGUCUACUGAGACCCUACUACUAAGCCUUACACGGGAGCACGGGAGAUUUGAUCCAAACUUUAAUAUCUUGUCCCUCUGAGUACUGAUUGGUUGUAAAUUAUAUAAAGAAUUAACUUAGUACUUGCAAGGAAACUUCUUGUGAUAGCAGCAUCUACACUGUAUGAGUACAAGAUUAAUCAAUUCCAAGCAUGCACCCCCUCCCCUCCCCUCCCCUGGGCAUUUGUCAGGUUGUGAGUCCCUCCGGUGGUGCUUUUGUCAUGUAAGGAUCACCAUGAAAAGUUUCAUCUUAUAAAGUAGUCUCAUGCUCCACCAGUUUCAUUAUUUUGCUAAGGUAUUUGUAACUAUUGUUUGUCCAGUUUUGGAGUAAUAUGCUGUCCCUGUACUGGAGAAUAGUGGCUUCUAAGAUUGAGAGCAUUCAAACUAGGGUUAUGCGUAUCAUUUUUCAUACAUGUAUGCAUUUACAAUGAGGUCAUAUAUGCACUUUCUCUCACUACAUUAAUGAGAGACGAGUCUACCUUUGUCAGGUUAAGGUUGCAAGCCUACAGAACAAAAACCCCCCGUUAUAUGUAUAUUAAUGUAUUGUUUCAAUGUUUGUCUUUUAGUAAACAGUCAUUAUUAUAAUAAGUCCUUUUUUGAUACCUCCGACUCAUUUUUUGGUAAUUUCUUAAUUGAGUUAUUCAUCAUCAUCACACUUUUAUUUAUACACGGCAAAAACAUCAGGCUAAUAUACAAUAUGCUGAAAUGUUACAAACUAAUGAAUUGACAGUAAUAGCACUUAGAUGCAAAAAUGAAUGUUGAAAUAAAUAAAUAAAAUUAAUUUAUAAAAUUAAGGCCUAUUUUUUCAUGAAUGACAUGUUCGAGGAUAAUGGCACGUGUUUAGUAUUAUUAAGUUUCCUGCAAGAAGAACAGGUCGAGCAUUUAGAAGUAUUGGGACAAUUAGCUUAGAUUGAUUAGUUCCUUUAUUAUAGGUACAAUCACCGUUAGGUGAUCUGAGCCAACGAUGGUCCUGACAGAGAUAUUGUUUAUAGCGUCCGACAUUGACAACAACCUCGGCAGCAGUCAUCAUCAGGGUCAAAAUGAGUUGUGUAUCAUCAGUUGGGGGCACAUUCUCUGUUUAGUAACCUGAUAGCUAUAGAUUAUAUAUCUACAACACCAAGACUCAGAAAACCCUAAAGACCAGAAUUUUUUCUGCAAAGAGUUAAUAUGUUAUUGCUGGUUUGUAAUCAGGCGUGAGAAAACUAAACCACAAGCAACAAUGGUAAGAAGUUUGUGGUUUUGCGGCUUGUUCACAUGUCUUGGAUCUCUGUUGUGGUUGGUCACAAAGCAAUAAAAUAUUUUUCAGGUGUUCAUGAUUUUUGAGCUAAAACAUGCUUACCUCCAUCGAUGUUAAAUUCACCUCGAUAGUGCCUGUUUAUCGGGAAGUGUAGGAGAUAAAGGGCUGUUCAGGUCUGCAAAUAUACUCCAAAUAGCAGAUGUCGUUGUCGAGUUGUCUUCUUGCUGUUCUUGCUAUGUUUUUAGACAAGGGUUCGCUGUGAAACAAGUAAAAUGUUCUGCCAUUUUGUACUCACUGCCAAAACAACUCAACCUCAUACCCAGGUCUUCUCGGUUAACGGGUUCAAUUACCUGUCAAUUUUGCUGCAUGAUUGAUGUCAUCACUUCAAUAUCGCAAAAUUCUUCCAAAUUUGGUUGACAAUAGCUGGUUAUGAUGAAUUAUGCAUGGCAUCUAGGCCAAUCAGAAACUGUGAAAUAUUUUGCAUGAAUAUUAAUUAACUUAUUGAAACAAUCCUCUGCAUGCACUAUGCUUAACAGGGUAAUUAGCUAUCAAUACCUUGUUACUUUUCAUCGAACAAAAUUUUUACUCAAUUUACACAGAGGCAAUUACAAUCAUUGUAAUGAUAAUAUGGUAAAAUGAAGUAUGAUUUAGGUUUAAUGGAACUUUCCCUUGCUCUAGAAAAACUGAGGCAUUUUUAUGAUAGAUACAUAUGUUCACUUGAAUUUUUUUUAAGCUUAGGUGAACCUUAUUUAAUGUUCAAGAAAGUAUUCUUUUCCUUUGUUUUUAUUCUUUAGUUGGGAGGAGGUGGGUUUGCAUGGUUGGGUUUUAUUAAUCGAUAAGAGCUUGACACCUGAGAUUCCAGAACUGCCAAUUCUCACAAUUCUGCUGUGAGUCGCAUCUCCUUGUUAUUAUUAUUAUUAUUAUUAUUAUUAUUAUUGUUAUUAUUAUUAUAAAUAUCUGAACUUGAUCGAAGAAAUGAUUAGAAAUUACAGAUGUGUGAAAUUUGUAAAUCUCUCCAUGAGCUCCCUUGGUGACUUUUCUCCGAUGAAUGCUCCACGUUGUUAGUCAUGAUGAAUGACAUUGGCAUUGGCAAAAAGCAACAACUUUAUGUAAUCAAGAAAAUGAUAAAUAUAGCCAUUAGAGCAACAUAUUACAUCUUUUGUUGUAGAAAUAGGAAUUGGGAUAUCCCAGACUUAAUGCAAUUUUGAUUUCUUUUCUUUUCUUUUUUCUUUCUUUUUCUUUUUUUUUGUUUUUUUGAAUAAUCCAAUCUCAAGCAGCAUUUGUAAAUUUAUUUACAAUUGUACAUUCAAAAACACAAAUAAAGUUUUUAUUGUUAUUAUUAUUAUUAUUAUUAUUAUUAUUAUUAUUUUCUUUUUUUCGCUGCCUCAUGCCAAGACUCCCAAUUUCACAGUUUUUUUGGAAAAAAUCGUUCUGAAAUGAAAUGUAACCUUGUUGAAUAUGAGAAACCAGAACUGCACUUCAGAAGCAGUACUUCUAAUCUCACACACACUAACAACAACAACAACAACAACAACAACAACAAAACAAAUGAGCUGGUAGGUAAUAUUUAAAUAAACACUUUAUUCCCAUACUGGAAAACACGUUUGUUUAACCUUGAUAUAUAGGGGAAAUAGAGAAUCUUGCUACUUUUAGAAGAAUGAAUGUAUCUUCAGAUUUUUUUCUUAGGGAAAUGGCAUGUUAAUUAUCAUUCAUCAUCACCAUCAUCAUCAUUAUCAUUAUUAGUGUUCAAAUAGAGUUUUGUCGAGGCAGCUAUAAGUAGAGUUAAUGCUAAUGAAAAUUCUGCUUAGAGAGCUUUGAUUGUUAUAGCCAUUAAGAUAGUGUGAUUUCUGCUUUUCCACAGGAUGCUGGCGGCUCAUUGGGAAGGUAACCCAAAUGUUAUCUUUUACAAAGCAAAAGGAACUGGAGGGGCUGAUGAAAUGGCUGGUUCUCUUGAAGAUGGUGAAGUCAUGUAUGGUCUAGGUUAGAUGCUUUUGGUCAUUUGCAUGCUAUAAGUUGAUUUUUAUUCCUUUCAGCAAUGUGCAAUGAAUGUUGAAUUUCUUAAAGAUGGGACUAAUUUUUGGGCCUGUGUGCGAAACUCCUGUACUGUGACCAUCCAAAUGAAACCUCUUCUUUUGGAUUGGUGGAAAAAAUCCCGUAGUGUGAUGGUUUCGGAAAUAAAACUUUUUGGUGGCACAUUCUUUUCUCAACAUUUUUACAAUAAUAUUUAUAAAUGGGAUUUGGAGAUUUCAAUGUCCACUUCCGGGGUGAAAGUCCAUUACAGUUUCUCAGUUUGUGUUGUCAACUACAUGUCCACAAAAAAAAAAAAAAAUCAAAAAUACUACAUGUAUUAAAACAGUCAUCUUUGCAUCAUGUGGCACCUUCAUAGGCAACUCCGUACCCUCAAGCUCGUUCAUCAUGCACUUUCUAUUGACCUGUAUCACCAUUAUAAAGACAACUGUUUUAAUUACAUGUAUGUUAAUAUUGAUGUUUAUGUUGAUGUUACAGUACUGGUCAAAAACUGUCCAUUGGAAGUCUCAAUUCUCGAUUCCUGUGUGAAUGGAGAAUCGAGAACAAGUUAUUGAGAAUUGCAUUGUGGAUUGAGCCUCACAAGACUAGACAAAACACAAAAGAUUCACCCAUGACUGAUUUCUCAAUAAUUUUACAUGCACAUUGACACAACACAAAAUGGCACAAAAUGGCAUGGUUUAUUCCUGCAAGUACAGCUGUAUGCUUAUACAUUAAUUUUGUAAGAUCGUAACAAGACCAAGUUGAACAAAUUAUUUUUUCUUUAAAGACAUCUGUGUGACUUUAAACUUCAUUUUGCUCAAAUACAGUUUCAAAUGCCUGCUCCAAAUGCAAACAAACAGUGUAUAAAUGUGUACAAGCAAGAAAGUAUUAAUAAAAUAUGUUAAUUAUGUAUUGCAGUUCGCUUGGAAGAGUUAGUGGACAACUAUGUUGAGAAGACUGUAAAAUUUGUUUAUGUUCACUGGGUGGGAGAAAGUGUUCCAUUUAGCAAGAAAGGCAAGUUUGGUGUUGUGCAUGGCAGUGUUAAGGAGCAUUUUCAGGUAUUUUCUGUUGUGAUUUAUGUUUGGUUAUUUAAAACAUCCCAUGUGCAUACAUGAUGCAUGUUUGGCAUGGCCAAUGUGGAUUUAAUUGGAUAUGAAUUGCCACUAUCCAAUGCUCAGUGUGUAACCUGGUGACACAGAUUGAAGCUGCAAAGAUCAUGGGUUGUUAAACAUUUAUUUAUUUGUUUAUUUACUUAUUCACUUAUUUGUUGUCCGGAGCUUUUCAUGAUAAUUUAGAUGCUUGGAAGUGACGACCAUGUAAGGGCAAUCUUCUUAAUCAUUACACUUGUACAUUUGUACACUAUUGUCUCAACAUACAGUGUUGUACUGUGUCUGACAAAUUGAUUGUCCACCAUGAUUUCAUUAUAGCCCAGUCAUUGCAUCAUUGAGACGUCACACAAGUCAGAUGUGACAGAAGAGGAGAUGAUGAAAGUUAUUUCAGACACAAGGUGACUUUUCACGCAAAGGCUAAUAGAUUACCCAGAAGCCCCUAGCCUCUCCUCACCCAUGCCUUUUUGCCUUUGCUUACAUAACAAAAUGUCGGUCCGACAUCUACAAUGGAGGACAAAAGAACUUGGGACUGUUUGAAAAAGCCCUUCUAAGUAAUUGUUACGUAGGAGGACCCUACUCCUAACGACAAUUUUUUGUUUGGCUUUGGGUUCAUCCCAUCUUCCCCCCAACUUGCCCCAGCAAUGUUGUGGCCUUCCACCCAUUUUGCUCAAAAUUGAACUUUGAUUGGGAUGGGAGGGGAGGGCUCGCCAGUUUUAGCAAUAUCACUGGAAAGGUCCCAACACUUUUGACCUCCAUUGUAGCCCUAUGUAAGGGAAUCCAGGGAACAUUAUUGGAUUCUGGAUUCCACGCUGUGGACUCGAGAUGCCAGCUACUGGAUUGUGGAUUCUCUGUCAAUGGAACUUAGUUUCCGGAUUUGUAUGGGUAAUAGCAUGAAUAGUAGUGAUAUUUGGCAUAAAUACCACGAGUGAUAUUUCGAAAUUGGUAUACGUAAUUUCACGAGCCGUUAGGCGAGGGAAAAUUUGAGACAAUUUUGAAAUAUCACGAGUGGUAUUUUUGCCAUAUAUACUACUACCCGCAAAAGGUUUGUAAUUUUCACAUGUAGGUAUUUCAAAUUAAGCUGAAAUACCACUGCUCUAAGCUAACCAAAUUGCAGAAAUAACUCAUCUAGUCGUAUAACAAUCGUUUAUGGUGGGAUUCCAGAUUCCUUUAGCUGUACAUGUAUUCCAGAUUCAAGCUCAACAUUGAUAUUCUGUAAGCCAAAAUUUCCCGGAUUCCCGAUUCCACUGCAAAAAUUUCCUGGAUUCCAGAAUUGGGAUUUCUUUACAAUGUAUGUAGCCUCCCCGCAGACGUCCUUUUGGGUUCGUUUGUCACGCGUUCAUUGUGGGGGAGAAAUGAAUGCGUGACAAACGACCCCCAAAGGACGUCUGCGGGGAGGCUACAAUGUAUGGGGCGAGCAUCCUUUAUUUUAAUUGUUUAAAAUGAAGACUGGCAUUGUGCUGUAAUGUCGUGACCGCAUAUGAGGACUUGGACAUGAGUCUUUUCCUGGAACGGGCUGCUGCAAAUGAUAAGCUUGUCGUUCUUGAAACACCGAGUUAACAUUAAUGUCAGUGCAAGAUUAUUUAUUAAGCCGAAAUUGCCUUUAAUAGCCUUUAGGUUAACACAUAAUGGCCUUUGCAUCGGUAAUAUAGGUGUCCUUGAGGAUUAUCCUGAGAGCCCGCGCUUGAUGUGGACACCUGGCCCCAGUUGUUCAAACGGACAAGUAUUAGGAAAAGCAAUUGCGUUAUCCACGGGAUAGAGAUUUAUCCCGUGGAUAGCGUUAUCCAGCUUUUGAACCACUGAUAUUUUCAUGUCCAUUUCUGUUCGAUGUUAACUGGAUUCCUCCUUACAUUGCGUAAAUACCAAUAUGGUAGCGUGCUAUGUUAAGGAACACAAUUUUGACUCUCGCAAACAACAGCAGCGGCGUGCACGUUGUUCUGUCGUAGGGUUUGUUUAUCGUGACUCAUGGCCGUAAGCCGUGAUUAGUGGUAUACAAUGUAGCAUGAUUGUGGCGCGCCCCCUUUAUCAUCGCCGUUGAUGUUGUUAACCAGAAAGUUGUUUGCAUUGUAAUUGUCUCAUUCUUUUUCCUUUCUAUUUUGAUUCAGUGGACGUACAAACAAAGUGCUCGAUGUCACAGAUGCUGCCCAAAGACAGGUGACCGAUGUUGUUUAAUAUCAAGAAGUUAGACAACACAGUAUUCAGUAGUCCGGCUAUCAGUGCAUUUAAGAUGCAAGGGUGCAGCAAUGCUGAGAGCACUCGCCUCCCACCAAUGUCGGUUGGUUUCAAAUACCGGCAUCGACGCGUUAACGUGUUGGUUCUCUACUUUGCUCUGAGAGGUUUUUCUUUGCUUACUCCGGUUUUCCUCUCUCCUCUAAAACAUUUCUAAAUUCAAACGUGACCAGGAAUGGUAGCGAAGAAUCACUAAGGGGAUUUGCUUCCUCUAGAUCUUUGUUUAUUUCAAUUUUUAUUUAUUUAUUUAUUUAUUUUUAUUUCUGUACGUCUCUCUGUCAGUCACAAAGUCAAUGGUCGAGGCAGCAUUAAUUUUGUUGAAUCCAUUCCUUAGUUUUCUUAUAACUGAACACAUGAAAGUGCUAUUAAAAGACCGCUGUAAAAAAAAACCGCUAAUGUGUUGCAUUGAAUAACACAAAAAAGGGCAUUUUUAAUUAGCGAGCAAAACAAUAUAUGAAUGACGAAAACAGUUCCUAGCCCUCUGUCACCAUGGCUAUAAUUUAUAGGGUAUAGUUGUAACUUUGAUACGAUCAAUGCAGGUAGACGGAAUUGCUUUUUUCAAUGAGGCUUUCAACACGGUCGACGUCAAACUGGGUUUUGUUUUUGUUUUUAUCUUUUUGUUUGCUUGUUUUUGACUGUAUGUCUGCACCAUUUAAUGCCUUUUUGUGUGCGUGUGGCAGGAUCGUGGUUUUACUAGCAGCAGUAAUGUUAUCAAGACUGGAAAGGCGGUGUCUAGUUUUCAGACCCCGGGAUCUGGUAAGCCUUCGACUUGGCUUGGCUAGUUAUAGCUUAAGAAAACAGCCGACAUUUCGCUGGUUCCCCCUCGAAAUAACGUCUGAGAAACUAGCGCAGAAAUUCCCUACUGAUGACGCGUCACUACCCAGAUCAGUGCUUCUGAUUGGUCUUGCUGCGUGGGAAAUUUGCUUCAACCAAUCAGAAGUACUACCCAGAUCCGGGUAGUGACGCAUCAUCAGUAUGGAAUUUAUGCGUUCUUCUCUCAGACGUCAUUUCGCGGGUAACCAGCGGUGACGUCGCGAAAUGUCGGUUGUUUUCUCCGGCUAGAAUAGUACUUGACAUGAUAAUAGCGAUGAUUUAUUAAUCGGUCUUUCUAUUCCUGUUGUUAGGUAUGUGGGGUUGGGGGGAGGGGAGGGGGGUUAUUAUGUUGGUUUCUUGAUGUGUUUUCUUAUCAUGUGUCUGCGUGUUUGCCUGCAGUCGCUGUCAACAUCGACGAUGCUGUAUAUGGAGCGAUAGCUGACGUGCGAAGUGAUGAUACGUCAACUAAUUGGUAAGGUUAAAAAAUGUAAAUGUGUGUAUUUGUGUUAUUAAUUGAAUAUUAUUGUCUAUUAUUAUUGUUAUUUCUGUUACUUUAUCAUCAUCAUCAUCGUCAUCAAAACCACCACCACCACCACUACCAUCAUCAUCAUCAUCAUCAUCAUCAUCAUCAUCAUCACCAUCAUCAUUACCAUCAUCAUCGUCAACAACACCUAACGCGGUCUCUAUUGUAAAUUGAGUAAAGGACGAACUCACUGAAAUUAACUUUAUUCUGAUCGUCUAUACCUAUAGGUGUGUUGGUUCAUAUGCGGACAAUAAUCCUAAGAAGCCCAUUGACUUGAUCGGCAAAGGUGCAGACGGGUUACAAGGAAUCGUCACACAGCUGAAAAAUGAUAUUGUUGCUUAUGCCUUACUACGAGUGGUGAGUAAAUAUGAUUAUUCGCGCUUUUUUAAGUGAUUACUCUUUAAAGCAUGCGACUCAUCGUGCAUUAGUCAUAGCCAAUUGAAAGGGAAGGAACUUCGCUCAAGAAAAAAAGAUGUUGAUGACCGGAUUUUCAAAGUCAAACAAACACAAUAACAACCUAUGAAACGCCAUCAACGAAUACCCAGGAGCAAAUGGUGGGGGGCGGGGAAGGGGGGGUGGAUGGGAUGGUAAACUCGUGAUAAACUCGUCAACCUGCCAGAGGGGCUAUUGCAGGACAAUCCGGUUUCCUGUGACUGCACUUUGGUUUUGUAGAAAUAUCACAAAACAAUGAAAUAAUAAUUUUUGAAAAAUAAUAAUAAUAAUUACGGAAAUUUCCCAACUAAUCAUAUACUUUCUUCCUUAUGGUGAAUCAUAACUUAUCUUUUACAAGCGUGAACGCCGCAGGGGGCGGGGGGGUCUUGUCGAUUUAUUUGGAUUUUGUUUGUUUGUCUUUUCUUUUCAUCAGCAAGAUGUUGUUGAUGGCAUAACAACGGUGAAGUUCGUCUUCAUCACAUGGGUGGGCGAAAACGUCAAGCCAAUGACCAAAGGAAAAAUAAGUACGCACAAGUCAACAAUCGAAAAGGCAUUCCAUGUAUCCUUCGUAAUAAAAAUAAUACUGAUAUUACUAACAGUACACGUGUACUGCCUAUAUUCCGUGUGUUAAAGUUUACUUCACGGUGGUAGCUAAUUACGGUGAAACCUCCUCAAUGCGGACACCAAAGGGAGAGAUCCAAGUGUCGUAGUUGCAGAAGUGUCUGUGUCUGUUCAAAGAGGUAGAAACGGAAGAACUAUAAAGGUUAAUUUAACUCACCUGUUUUAACGUGUGAUCGAUGUGAUUGGGCGCUUAAUUUUAAUUGUGGCGGUGUGUUCGAGCAACUCGCUCGUUACACGAUGAGAUACCAGGAAUCUGAUUUACAUCUUGGUCUUAGUUCUUCUUUGACUUCUGCUAACGAUCCUAAUCUUCUUACUCUUCUUCUCUACUAAAUCCUAACUCUUCUCCCUAACUAGUCAAAUAGCCGCCGUUUUUGUAACCAAAGCUGGUCAUGUUUGGGUUAGCUGACCGUGGGAAUAAAAACAAGGUGAACUUAGUGUGGGUAAUGUUUUGAUAUUACUGAACCUACAUGGUUGCAAUCGGCGAAAAGCUACGAACACUGAAAAACUAAAACGCUAGUUAACAAACCCAAACGGAAAGUUCAACGAGACUAGUGAACCAAGAUCAGCUCUAACAUCACAAACAUGACCACCUAUGAAAAACUAACAUCGGACAACGGCAAGCGAAGAAUAUUCGUAAAAUGACAUUACUGAGUAAACUCGCGAGCUAAGCAAAAAUUCAAGUACAAGCCUGAAGUAAAAACAUAAGAUGGAAACAGGAAAACACCUAUGGACAAAAUCCAAACAAACCCUUACCCACUUAAUGAAACAAAAACGAAACUUAAAAGAUGAGACAAAUCCGUCUUAAAAAUAACUUUCAAAAUACUUCACAACAUAAUUAUACCAAGGAGGUGGGCAUCCGCGUCGGUCUACGGCCGCUCUAAUUGCCUAACUCAACUUUUUGCCUAUUUUCGAGCCAAGAAAAUCUCCAUUUUUUACAUAUAUAUAUAUAUAUAUUUCACUAUAGGCUGUUUCAUCUAUUAAGAAAAUUUCUCCUUAACAGUUUAUCUAGCCAGCGCAUGUUACCAUCUAUGCAAACGCCUUAAGCGAGUUAUCAGAAGAUAUAGUUAUGUCCAAAGUACAAAAUGCAAGUGGAUCAAAGUCCCAUGUCAAAUAGGUGCAGAAAAUGGAGCAAAGAAAAUUGGACGAUGACACCAUCGAUAUUUAGGUAGAUGUGCUGUAAAAUUUUUAAUGUCAUCGACAAAUAGUUAAGCACUGAGACAUUGUUUAUUAUUACUCUUAAAUGGUCUAGUAUACGUCUGAAUUCUAAAUGUGAGACCGGAUCGUCUAUAUUGCCUUGAGCAUGUUUUACGAUUAGGAUAAUUCGGGCGUUGAUAUGAAAACUAUCCUACAUCUAGCCAGGCUAUAUGCGAACUAUCCUACAUAGAGCAAGGCUAUAACGAUCAUCUUGAUUCCUUAAACACAUCAUAAGACGACAUAGGGCCCUUGCCAACAGUGAGUUUACGAAACAGGACGACAGGAAGAAGAAGGCUGCAAAACGCUUGCGUGUGACAAAAGUGGCAGGGCUGUCACUUGCGUGUUUUGUCGUAAUCUUCACUUAUGAUUAGUGUUUUCUGUUCUUUAACAAAAAGAUCUGCUAAAAAGGUCAAGAAGUUUGACGGAAGGUUUUUUCAAACAAUUAUUUUCACGUUUGUCACGGAAGGUUUGCCGUCUUCUUUUCUCUCCCGUCCUGUUGCGUAAGUUCAGGCUGUCACUCAGUACUGGGCUGCCAGACCUGCCCGUUAGUGAAGAGAAUACACCCUUCCACGAUGUUUGUUUGUUUGUUUGUUUGUUUGUGUGUUUUUUUUCAACUUGUGACAUUGACAAGGUAGAAAAAAUCCGUCGACACCAAUGGAAAAAGCGCCAUUAAAAAAAAUGAUAAUAAUAAAAUAAAAAGUAAUAAAAAAAACAUGCCACCCCCACCCCACCAUGUAGAAAUGUGGAGAAAUGUGGAAGGAUUUCAUACGAGUAGAACUGAGAACAUAACACUUAAAUCACCACAAGACGGACUAAUCUGUGCUGGUACAUAAGCUGCGCACGUGCUAACCCCCACCCCUCGAGCGGUUCAGACCGGUUUUUAGAAUUGUCUACUUCAUAUAUAACAGCAUGAACUGUCCUACUACAACCAUUAAGACGAAUGACUUAAACUUGGCAAUUUUACAAAUUUUAAGGCGUCCUUUACAGUGAUGUCGACGGGUUUUCUCAAAAGUUGAAAAAACCUUGAAAGGUGUCUAUUCCGCUCUCAGUCAGGGCUGUCCAGUCAGGGGAUCGUUCACGUUUCUUGGUAACUGACCACCUACCCAUCCCCUAAAUCAAAAUUUUGCCGUAAAUGACAAGUGAGUGUUAAUUUUGUUUUAGGGGAGGAGUAGGUAGUCAGUUACCCAGAUACGUAACCCCCAGGUUAGUCUAUUCGUUAAUCCUGCGAGCAGCAUUGUUGGAAACUUAGCAAAAACUCUCCAAAAAAGCCCCUUUCACUUUCACUUUCAAGUUGACCGAUCUAGCCGGCCAGUUCUUAGUUUAGGUAAACACCCUUAGUCGAUUGAGAUGAUCCACACUUUCAUUACAUUUAUGGAAACCAGUUUUUAUCAGUUAUGGUUAUAAAGAAAUGCAAAUCUAUUUGGGGAGAAGAUGAGAAAAAACUAAAUAGUACCAUGUGACAGUUUUUAUUGAGCUCUAAUUUACGUAAAAUAAUGUUCUAUCCCUAGCACUUCAUUUUUUAUUGUGAAAUGUUCCAUGUACAUGUAGAACUAGAUUAGAUAUCUCAAGAAGUAAAACUGUUAAUUGAAGUGUUAUUUUUAUUACUAGUAGUUAUUAUUAUAAUAGGCUUGAACGCCAUAGAUUGAUUAGGGUAUUAUGCGGCAUUUUCAUCUUUCUAAAGUGGGAAAGUAGGCUAUAACUUUCGAAUUGCAACUAAGCUCAUUGGUUACACCUUGGAUUCAUUGGUAUAAUUUUACGGUGGAUUUUUUCUUAUUGUGUAACGUUAUUUCCUUUUUGUAAACCUCUUCUUAGUCAUAGAUCUUAUAAAAAAUGGUAUCGCCUGUUUUGCAAGGAGAAAAUUUGCAUCGUUGGCUGACGACGGUGUCUGAAAUGUAUACAUGCAAGAAGGGAAAUACCUCUUGACUUUCCGAGUUCAAGGUCCUUUUUGUAAGUUGCGGACCGAGCGUUUUUUCCCGCUCGGAUUCGUGGCCGGCCCUGUACGCGCCCAAGCCGUUUAUCUAAGCGGGAAAGAAACGCGUGGAUCCUUACGGACCGAGAAAACGAGAUUCUUGAUAUAAAUAUAAUGUCUCUACAUUUAUGUAGAGUUGCGAACGAUUCAAUUUAAGCCGAACGUGACGAACAACAAGUAGUGUAUUGCUAGUUUAAGUAUUCUGUAGUUUGUCGUGGUUGAAGCGGUGUAAUGAAAAAGAGAAGACGAAGGACUUGAUGCUCUUUAAAUAUUACCACUCUGGGAGCACGUCUCUGUCGCCUGUUUAUGAAAGGCAAAAGCGUCAGGCAUGUGGAAGUUUCCUAUUUGGGAGGCUUGAUGGGGCCUGAAUGAAGAAAGUAUAAAUAUUAUUAAUGAAAUAAGGUGGUGACCGUUAUCAGAAGUAAUGUUAUUUUCGCCUUUGCUACCGCAAAAUGCGGGAGACUGAAAUUUUGCUGAGGUGAUCCAAAUAACUUGAACAGAAGGAAGUGCCUCAAAAUGUUUGAAAUAAAAUUUAAAGUGAAGCUCAUUUGUUCGUUGUCAGUCUGUUCAUAACUUUCAGCUAGUCAAAGGGCCGUAUUUCGUAGUCGGUAAAUUGGUACCGAAGGUAUGCUUACGGGCAAUAUUUCAGGCACUUUGAUAAGAGAUUAAAAGCCUUUCUGACCCGUUGUUUGGAAACUGAUUUGCCUCCUAAAAAGAGGAACAAAAUUACAGCAAAUGUACCACUCUCAAUUAGAAGUCACCUUUACCUUGCUAGUGAAGCACUGUUGGUAAUAUAAUUUGGUUUAUACUACUACAUGAGAAAUUACUGCAAUUUGAUUGGCUUAGAGCAGUGGUAUUUCAGCUUAAUUUGAAAUACCUACAUGUGAAAAUUACAAACCUUUUGUGCGUAGUAGUAUAAAUAAAUAAUAACAUGAUUUGUACGUGAUAUUUGGCAUAAAUACCACUCGUGAUAUUUCAAAAUUGUCUGAAAUUUCACUCGCUUAACAGCUCGUGAAAUUACGUAUAACAAUUUCGAAAUAUCACUCGUGGUAUGUAUGCCAAAUAUUACUACAAAUCAUGCUAUUACCUAUACUAACCCACCAAUCUCCAAUGUUUUGGUUUUUGUCAUCUCUGACUUACAUGCGUCCGUCGCACCCUUUUUGAGUCAACUGACUUCUUGCUCGAAGGUACGUCCGUCCACCCAUCCGUACAGACAGUGACAUGCAUAGCGUCAUGUCCAUCAAAUUUCGGAAACUGUCGAGUGUGCUUGUAAUUUGAUAUUAUGUCGCAGAAAAAUGACCAUUUCCUUUUUAAUUUGCUUAAUUUUGAACGCGAUCUAAACCCAUGUGUCGUUUAUCAUAAUCACAAUUAUAGAUCCUACUCCAUUGGCGUAUAUCCUUUUCAAUCUUGUCGCAGGUAGCUGUAAGGAUCUAUCAAAAGGUUUCACAUCAACGGUGAUUUUGGUUACGUUCAUUAUUGAUUAACAGCGUAAAGAACCAGCAAUAGUAUCGAAUUCAAAAUUAGAUAUCCUUUUUUUUUUUGCAUGUCGGAUUUCACGGAAUCCAGAGCUGUCAUAGUUAGUUUGUGAUUUGGUUCUAGGGAAUAAAUACAGAGGAAAUAAGCACUAGUAACAAAGUGAAAUUAAACAGAAGAAUGUUUUCUCUUUGACAUAUAUUUUUGCCAAGUUUUGGUCUAAAUUCGUUUUCUUAUUGUUAAGCCUCCUUACGAUACAGCCUACUAGAAUCUGUAACGUACAAUUUCAUCAUUGCUGAUGCUCAUUGCCUUCACAUUGGCAACAAAUUCAAGUUCUGUUCCACUUGACUUAUUUGCGGUUGUUUCUCGAUAUAAGCUGCACUACCGCAGUGUUGUCAAUAAAAGCGCAUAUGUGUCUGGUCAUAUAUGUCACAAAUGGACGGAGGCUUGCAAGGAUUACCCAUUUUAAUGGAGGUGAUCUAUUUCCAUCAAUUUACACUGAAACUUUCAAAUUCUGCAUUGUCAUUUGUCCUUAUCACCCUGAUAGAAUAUCACAGCUCAGCGUUGAUAAAGAUUGUUCCCUUGUUAGUUUAUAAUCCAUUUUCGUUUGGCACUACAUAAGAACCUCUGUGUUCAUGCUGUCAUUAUGCCCUGUUUGUCCACAAAAUUUAAAGUGGUAUCAGAUUUUUUGUUGACGGUGGUUCAGAACUGAAGGUACAGGAACUGCAAAUUAACCAUUCAGCAUGCAUGGGUAACCCUUUAUUACCGCAAGCAGUAAAUAAAGUACACGACCGGAAGUUGAGGCAUGUUGCUAUAUUUAGACGGGAGUGAUGAAAGGAAGGGGAUUUUUUUUUCCACGAAGAGAGAGGGAGAGUAAUCUCUCUUUGUGACACGAUGAUGUGGGUCUUGGACAAUUUUUCACCUACCUUAAUGGAUUGUCUCAUUUGGUUAUAUUUAUGUAUUUAUUUGUCGCUCUUUUCAUAUUCAUCCCUGAAAUAUCAUUCAACCUUUACUCAGAGUAUCGGCAGUUGAUGCAUUUUAGCUGGAUCGCGUGUCCGCACCCCCCCCCCCCCCUUCCCCUCCCUCGCCACGCCUGUUGCUACGUUUUACGGAAGCCCCUGAUAUCUGACGAUGUAUGUUGAUUUGCAAGGACGUUUUUUGGGUUGUUUGCUAUUUUAUCCUUUUACUGAGAUACUUAUUAGUCAAAGCACCAAUCUGUCUUACGACUGUUCGUCUAAUGAAGCUUAUUUAUCUACCUGUUUUAAUUUUAAAUAAAUGUUUAAACGCCAAAACAUUGCGAUCUUUAAAUUCAUGGUGGACACUAAGCGCGCAUAGAUCGGCAGCGCUCAUCCUAACAGAAAAGCCGGCUUGGGAAUAAUGUUGAUAAGUUGAACAUAUAAAGAUGCCCAGCUCUACCGUGAAGAUAGUAAUUUUCGAGUCAUAAGCAAAAGUACCAAAAUGGUCGAAAAACAAAGUGGUUUUCUUCUCUUGUUUGUUGCCGUGCUGUUUAUUUUCUGUAACCGCCUUUGAGAUUGAGCAAUCAAAUCUUGUAAUUAACAUCGCACGCGCCAAUUAACAGGUUCAAUGACUUUGCUUUCAAUUGCAGAUUCAUCACGUAAAACUAAUUCAGCGAUAAAAGGAAGUUCUAGUUUCUAUCCCAACCCUGAAAACUUACUUGAAGGAAGAAUAAAAGUGUUAUUCCGCUUUAUUUUUUUUCCGGCCAGUUUAGAAUCCGUCAUGACGGAUACCAAAUGACGCUGUAGAAUGUCCAAGAAUAUAUGAAGAGAAAAGCUCAUUAAUGUUGUUUUUAGCAAUUCAUUUUUCAGUUUUGGUUGUUUGUUUGUUUCAAGGAAAAUAAAAAAAAAUAGCGUUCACACCUCUCUAGCAAAAAGCGGAGAAUUCAAGAACGGUAGAAAAGUGAUGUCAUCUGAUGUCCCCUGAUGUCCGCAUGACCGUGAAUUCAUCAACAUUCUGUAUGGGCUGUUAGGUUAAUUAUACAAUUUGGGCGGAAGAAACUGAUUCUUGCAGCCAAGUGAUGCAGCAAGUUCCUCAAUUAAACAAGAAGAAUGCCUUACCACGUGAACUGUAUUAAAGAGGAUGAAAAGCUUUAUUUAAAGAAAGUGCAAAUGGUAUCGAAAAUAGAACACAGAACAAUGACUUGCUCCAACUCAGAUCCGCAUUCUGCAUAAAUAGAGGAAGAUAACUCCCAUCCAUGAAGAUCAACUGGAAAGAGUUUCUUUCAUUAGAAAAUCUGAACUACUAAACUGGACGAAAGGCGUAAUUUGCUAAAAAUGUCUUGGAGUAAUAGUCGAGUGGUGUUCAAGGUUCCCGGUGUAGCUAUAAAAGAACGUCAGAUUUUCUGGACUGUCAAAUUCAUAGAGUUGAAAGAACACAGAACACUUCUGAGUAUAUUCGACUUUUUAAGGCAACCGAACUACUUCGACCAGCCUGACGGGUUAAUUCACUAAAAUGGCAUUUUGCGAAAGAAAGGUAAGUUCAAAUUGAUGAUUCAGGGCAAACUCAAAAAAAUAUUUUUCCUUACUUCGCGUUUAUUGUGCUUGGGCUUUCCCUUCUUUCAAAAAUUCUGCAAAAAGACAAGCAAUUAGGCAGAUGACUACUUUUGCAGGAGCUAGUCGUCUGUCUAAACUACGUUUUGCAGUAUGACAUACAGCACUAAACUCAUCAACUCUUGAAUGGCCCUUCGAGCACUAAGUCGUUUAUCUUCUGAGUUUUGCAAAAUAUUGGCAAGGAAUAUUGCACAAAAAAAUUAAACAACAAAAAAUACAUUCCAGAGCGUCUCCAUAAAACUUAGCACUACUUCAAGCAGAAAUCAUGAACUGCUACGGGGUGUUUGUUUCUUAUGUUACCACCAUUCGAUAACUAUAAACCACACAGACCCAAAAUCCCUAGCUUUGAGUCGCUCUGAGAGAGGGCCAGAGUUCAAAACCUCAAGUUUUUAAACCUGUUAGCUCAGUUGGUAACUUCAUUUUUUUCUCUCUCUUCAUGUUUGUUGGCUUGUUAUUUUGAUGUAUAUUGUUUCACUUGUUUACAUAAUGGUCGUAUUGGGGAAACUUGUACUUAUCGAAUGACUUUUUAAUUUUCUUCUCCUUCAGAAAAGUGUCAUUUACACCACCUCAGCUGUUCUUUUACUGGUUUUCUCGUUGUAUGGAAAUUCAGCAGAAAGCAAACCGACAAUUCCAACGUUGCAAAUUCGUCAAGACAUAAACCCUACGGAACAAAGCAUCUCUGAAGGCUCUGCUGAAGAGAAGUCUGGCUUGCUCGUUAUUGCCCCAGAAGAAAAAGAUGACAUGGCAGGUAGUGACAAUAGAGACGAGAAUGCUUUGCACUCAGACGGAACAAGCAGACCGCUGGGACGAAGAGCAACAUCUAAACGCCAGAAUAAGGCAAUCCGAUUCAAGAGGAACACCACACCGAACCCAUGUGUAGAGAGAUACCAGCUCAAAUUGAUAGACCGCGAAACAGUUGUGCCCACCGUGAUAUGUGCAGAGGGUUGUAAAGAAAUUAAAAGAGUGUAUUUCUUUAAAGAUAGGGAUGAUCCACUAACAUUUGCAGUAGACUGUCAACGGCCUGCCGAAGGAGCACGGCGAUGA